UGAGUGAAUAGAAAAACACUGUGAACUGUGAAGUGCAAGCAAACCGAAGUCCAAACAUCUAGGACAGCAUAGUGCAUACUAAAAGAAAUCUUGAAAAGUAAAAAUUUAAAAUGUCGGUCAGCCAAGUUCACCAACCCAGUAUUGAUACGAAGAAAAGUGAUAAAAAUUUAAGGCUUCUGUUUCCAAAGCAAGCUGAAUGUUCUUAUGUGUCGUGUUAUUGUGAAGAAAAUGUCUGGAAGCUCUGUCAGGAUGUAUCGUUAAGAGUUCCAGAAGAAUUGGAUCGAUGUUUUGUGGUAUUCAUAUCGAAUCCCUGUCGCACUGUGCCUUUGUGGAAACAAAGGGCUGGGCGCGAAGAAGAUCGCCUCGUCAUUUGGGACUACCAUGUCAUAUUCCUAUACUCAAUUGACUUGAAGUCAUGUUUGGUUUAUGACUUAGAUUCUGAGCUUCCAUUCCCAACGUUCUUCCAUAAAUAUGUUACAGAAACAUUUCGUACAGAUCAAGUUCUAAAAUCUGAUUUCCACAGGUUCUUUAGAGUUGUGCCAGGUAAAUAUUUCUUACAGCAUUUUUCAUCUGAUCGCCGUCAUAUGAAAAGACCUGAUGGUUCCUGGAUUAAACCACCACCACCAUAUUCUGCUAUAUCUGCAUCAGCAUCUUCUCACAACUUAGAUGAGUACAUCAACAUGGAUGCCGAUAUUGGUCCUGGCCAAGUUUUUAAUCUUACUGAAUUUGUUCAAAGAUUCUAUAAGAUAGAAAAGUGAGGAUAUAUUAAUUAGAAAAUGGUAGUUAUGUUAACUUUUACAAGAUUACCAUGUUUUUUUAUUAUUAUGAUAUGUUUGUUAAGUUAUCAAAUUGAAUUAAUGAUUAAGUGUUGCAUUUAUACUUAUACUGUAGAAUUUUUUACUAAGUACAUUUAUUCUCAGUUUUCAUCAUAUAGGCUUUUUUAGACUUUAACAGUUAUGAUAAAGAUGUUAUAAUACAACUACAAGUUUUCAAAAUAUAUUAAUGGCAGCACCAAAUAACACAGUAUGAUAUUUUGUGCACAGACACUGUUAAUUCUAAAUUAUACAGGUGUAUUUGAUAUAAUAAAACAGUUAAAUAGGAUUUGUGUAGCUUUUGCAAAAGGUAGUUUUGAUGGCAUUCACAUGGCCUGUUGGCUAAACUACAGAGGAAUUUGUUAAUGAUUGUAUUAUAUAAAGAGGUUUUUGACUUUGAAAUGGAGAAAAGCUUGACAAUAUUGUAACAAUUAUUUGUAGGCCUAGCUUGAUUCCUAAAGAUAACUAUUACGGCAAGUGGUGUAUAGUAUAAAUAUCAAAUGCUCUUUAUUAAAAUAUGUAUAUGCUUAAUUAAAAUCAUUUUACAAAGCAAGCUACAGUUACUAUAAAUUACUAUUUUUCGGAAACUGACAUUCUGCUUUUAAUGUAUGUUGACCUGAAACACCAUUUUGCCCACGUUCUCCUUCACAAUUUAUAUUAAAAUUACAUGCCAUAUGAAAAAAAACAUUUUUAAAAGUUCUAUGUAAAAUAUAUUGCGGACCUGUUUCGUGUCGUUGGUAAUUUUCGAUACUUAUCACAUUGCGUGUGAAUAAUAUAUAACCUAGCAGUUGCGGUUAACUGUAAUUAAAUAAUUACGCUUUAAAGUUUAAACUAAAAAUGUUGAUACCUAGAUUUUUGUAUUGAUCGCCCCAAUUUUUUUACGAGGUACUACAUACUUAAAUUCACAUUGACGGCUAAUGCUGUAAGUUAUAAGAUUUUAUUUAUUUGAAAUAAUAUUAAAAUAUUGUCUUGUAUAAAAAUAAAUAAUAAGUCAUUAGUGGUGUGUAACACGAUCGCGUGGUAGCUUUUGUAUGUUGUUAAAAUUUGCUCUACAAGUGUGCGAUUUUCAUAAGGUUGUCAAAUUGAAUUUUAAGGCCACCAGAAGGCAAAUUACAUAAUGUAUAACAAUCUAUGCCAAAUAAUAGCAUUUAACCUUAAGAGUGUAUAAUAAUAUUCCUACAUAAGCUUUCUGAGGUUGCAUGCUUGUAGUUCGUCUAUUUAAUAAUUUUGUAUUAACUUUUAUACACUCUUUUUAUCCUUCCCUAGCACCCUUAGCGUUAUUAUAUCGUAAUGUUUAAUAUACAAAGAUUAUUGCAUUUAAUUUGUUAUAAUAAUUAAUCUUAUCAUUAUCUUGAGCUUAUAACUGGAUAUAUUUUACUAUAAAGUUUGAAUUACAAGAUAUUUUAUAAUCAGCCAAAAAGAACCUUUAAUGUACAAAUUUAUUUAGAUUUUAUCCAGAUAAUCUAGGUUAACAAGGUUUUUUAAUAAAGGGAAUGUUUUAUGAAUCAUUGCCCAGUAUUAUAUAAAAAAAUAUCUUUCACAUAUUUUAUAAACUUAACACUUAUCAAAUACUAUAUACACCUACAGCCAAGUUUACAUUAUGAAUUUUUAUGAUAUAAUAGCAAAUAUAAAUAAGUUAUUAUAAACAUUUUCAUAAUAUUACUGGAUAAAUAAAUUUUAUUAAUUGUUGUUAAAAAAAAUCUAGUCAAUAUAGAAUCUAAUAUUAAAUUUAAUGUUUUCAAAAUUCUGUUAAAUACUUACUUUAAAUAUUUAUGUAAAAGUAAUUUUUAUAUUAGGUCUAACUUAUGAUAAUCGAUUUUACUAUUUCUACUUUUAAUAAUCUUAUUGAUAACGCAUGUAAAAUAAGUAUUUUGAUGUCUUGAAGACUUACUCUCCUACUUUGCUGACUCAUGUUUUAUAUGCGUUAUUACUAAGAAUCAUAAAUCUCUUUAUCUUAGUAGAAAGUUGUAUAAUCAGGCGUAGCUGGAUUAAUUAUGGGACCAAUGUAACAAGAAUGUAUGAACACAGUAUGAGGAUUGCAAAAGGGGCUGUGGUUUCCCACUGGUUACGCCUUGUCUACAUCUAAUAUCACUUAAUUAUUUAAAUUAACACUCAAUCGAUACCUUCCUUCUACGCCUUUACAUUUUAUCUAUUGACUGACAAGCCUGAGUGAUAAUGUGCUUGUGCUUUAUGUACUAUGUUAUGUUUUUUAUUUAAAAGUUAUUAUUAAAGUGCUAAAUAAAAUAGCUCUUUAAAAAUAACUUAAAUAAAUAAAACACCAAAUAUG